GGUGGAGCUCUCCUUCGGCCGCCUCGGCCUGCUGCGGGAGGGGGGCGCGCUGGAGGAUCUGCUGGCGAGGCGGCGGGAGUUGAUUCUGGAGGCCGCGCCCCCGGCGGCCCUGCUGCGGGCGCUGCGCGACGAGGAUAGCGGCCUGCUGCCACCGUGGCUGCUGCGCUCCGAGGAGGCAGAGCUCGCCUUGCUGCGCGCGCUCGCGUCGCGGCUGUCGCGGCCUGGUGGCACUGGCGCGGAGGCCUUCGCAGACCCCUUCACCUGCCUGGACGUGCUGGUCCGAAGAGGGAACGUUCCGACAGCCUUCCUCGAGUCUUUGUGCGCGUGGUCUCGGCGGAUGCUUCGCCGCUUCGGCAACCCAUCGACUGCGCCCACAGCGGCUCAGCUUUGCGCGCUGGACGACGCCUGCGAGGCGAGGGGCGUACAGGGCGCGCCCAGGCACGACCUGGACCUGGCCAUCCGGGCCCUGGUGGUGUUCGGUGGGCCGCGCGAGGGUGGCCGCGCGGGCGCGGGCGCGCCGGGCGCCCUGGACGCCGCGGACGCCGCGGACGGCGGGAGCGGCGGCUCGGCCAGCGAGCGUGCAGACAAAGAGUGCGGGGCGGGUGCCGUCCGCCGGCUGGGAGGGCGUCGGCCGGCCCGGGUCGCUGCGUGAUUCGAUGAUCCUCAGGUCGGGU